AUGAAUGAACCAUUCUAUUUCUUUAUCGUUAUCGCUCGAGUGAGCGAACCACUCAUCAGGAAGAAUGAUUAUCGGCCUUUCACCGCCUUCGUCUGCAGAAGACAUAAGGUAAAGGCUCGAGAAAAUCUUAAACCCAGGUUUCAAGUAACAUCAGGUUACCAAUACAUACAACUCCUCCAUCGCUGGAUUACUCAUAUAUCACUAGGUAAUACAUUUUCCGCAUUACCGAUAAGACGUCUUCCGGGAUACACAUGA